UGGGCAUCACGCGGGCGGAAGCCUAGGCCUUGUGGGCCUAGGAAUGGCGAGCACGCAACAGCACGCACGCGGGGGAGAUAGCAGGCACACAGCGCGCACGAUGGCGCACGAUGAUGCAGACACGGCGAGAAGGCUCAAGAACGCGGCGAGUCGCGCGUGGCAUGCGCGAAGGAGGCUAAGUCGUCGUGCUGGAGAGGCACGAUACGCGGACGGGCAAGCACGCGCGGGAGAUGACGCGCGUUAUAUUAUCGGGGACGAGCGCGAGUUUGAUCGCGCAAGCGACGGGGUGCACGCGCGAACUUGCCUAGGCGCGCGAGGAUUAAGCGAGCUGCUGGACGCGUGCGGUGGAAUGGAAGAUGAAGCCCUAGUGCUUGGGCGAUUAGGAAGCACGAACUUGGA